AUGGGCAUCGCCAUCCUCAACGGCCUGUUAAACACCACCACCACUACAGAAUCCACCACCAACACCCCCCUCCCAACGCACUUCAGCGCCACCGUCCGCAGCACCUCCUCCCUCACCACCCUCCAAUCCCAAUUCCAAUCCCAUCUCACCACCUCAUCCCUAACCAUCCACUCCUCCACCCACAACCACGCUGCCAUCACCUCCGCCUCCACCAUAAUCCUCGCCUGCGAUCCCACCGAUAUCCCCUCCCUCCUCAGCGACCCCUCCACCAGAUCCGCCCUCUGCAGUCCUCCACCCACCUCAUCCCCAAAACUCCUCAUCAGCAUCGCCGCCGGCUGGACCGUCUCUUCCCUGCGCGAGCUCCUCUCCCCUCCCCAAGAAUCUAUCUUGUACAUCCUCCGCGCGCUGCCCAAUAUCUGCGCCACUAUCUCCCAGUCUAUCACGGCCAUCGAGCUUCCCUCUGAAGAGGUGCAAUUGAGUGCUAGGACUCGUGUGCCGCAAGCGUUGAUUUCCCUGACGGAGGGGAUUUUCAGUAGGAUAGGACGCACGGUGCAGGUUAGGGCUGAUCAGAUGGAUACGUUUACGGUGCUUGGGGGGUCCACGCCUGCGUUCAUAGCGGUGUUUGUGGAGGCGUUGGUGGAUGGGGGCGUCGCGAUGGGGUUAGGGAGGGAGGAGGCGCGGAUGACGGUUGCGCAGGUGUUGAGGGGCACGGGGGAUUUGUUGCUUGGUGGGGAGCAUCCGGCGUUGCUGAAGGAGAGGGGGACUUCGCCGGGGGGGUGUACUAUGGGGGGACUUUGUGUGUUGGAGGAGGGAGGGUUUAGGGGGUUGGUCGGGAGGGCGGUUAGGGAGGGGGUCACUGUGGCGGAGGGGAUGGGAAGGGGGGUGGGGUUGGUUAAUGGGACGGGGAGGAAGUAG